AAAAAAAAAAAAAAAAAAAAAAAAAAAUUAACGUUCAAAUGGCUGACCUUGCAGUUGGCAGAUUUCUGGAUUUGGGAUUUUGUCGGUAUGUAUCCUUGAUGGGCAAAUUGGUAUCGGAUCCGUGUUUGGACCCUUUUACGUAUUGGACGCACAAGGCCAAAUUGUAUUGCGACUAGACGAACGGUUGACGUAUUCGGAGCAUGUACGCUAUGAUCAAGCGCUGCAUCAAAUGCAUGCGACAUGUAUCCGGCUUUUGUCGGAAACCAUUGUGACAAGUUCACGCUGCAAUGAUCGUUUGUGUGUGUGGAACCGAAAGGGCCAAUGGCUUGGGACGCUCGAAGUGGGUGGUCCACUUCAUCAAUUGGUCGUCUGUCCUUCGGAGCAAGUCAUGAUGGCUUCAAUGUGUCACGGAGCGAUCCGAGUCUGGGAUUUUACUCGCCAGGGUCGACCGAGUCAUGAUCCUAGGAGAUGGAGCCAAGGAGGUUCUGGAAGAGGGGAAGCAGGAGUACAUCAUCAGGACACAAGAAGGGGCAUCUUAUGGAUAAGGCAGGAAGAUCAUCAGUUGGAUUACAUGUGGUGAUAAUGAAAUUCGGCCCAGCCGUAUACACACUUUAAAUUUUCUUCUUUUACUCUUUUUGCACACUUUUUUAUUAUAAUUAUUGUUAUUAUUAUUGCCAUCAUUUUCAAAUUCAUUCAUCAUC